CGGAUAAAAUGUGACGAGACUGGGAGUGAAAUAGAGAUGCAAGGCUCCAAGUCAAGACGGAAGGCACUAACUCGAGUGAGAGGAAGAGGGGACAGAGAGGAGGAAUCAAGUUGGAAUCGGGAAAGAAACGCGGGAAAAGUCAGCCUCCGCUUCAUGUCUGAGGAAUCCCUGGCAUACUUUGACAAGGGAAUAAACUCAAGCUCUGUGUGUUUGCGACGGCAGCCCUGCUGAGACAAAAGGUGAGGAGCUGUAUGGAUGUUAGUCAGGUAGGUAGGUAGAGAGCAGAAAAAUGGAAUCAAUACCAUUGUCUGUAACCUACCUGCCGCUGGGCUCUCUGUCUGGCCCCAGCAUAGACCAUCAGAGAGAGAGAGAGAGAGAGAGAGAGAGAGAGAGAGAGAGAGAGAGAGAGAGAGAGAGAGAGAGAGAGAGAGAGCUGAGAGGAGACACAGACUCACUCAGACUGGGAAAGAAAAGAAAAGAAGACGCUGGCUGCAAGGUGAUUGUCUUUUUUUUGUUGAUACAUUUUCACUCGUAAGGUUAAUGUAGAUUAAGUAUGUUUGCUGUUUAUGCAGAGCUGACGUGCAUAUUUAUCUGAAACUUUUUCACCGCAAAUUUCACACCCUUUCCUUUGACAGUUAUAAAACCAGCCGUGUUGUUCUGCUUGUGCAUGCAUGUGUGUACUCUUCUGGCUGUAUAUAUUUGUCGUAUAAGUGUGACAAUCUGUCUGUGUUUGCACACGCUGAAAAGCCUUUCAAUUAAUGUUGUCGACAGGUCAUAUCUACGUGUCGUGUUAGAUUUGCACCUUGUGUUAAUUCACACUUUCCUUUAUCACCUUAUUUGCAAGUACGUCUGAGAUUUACCUCAUUAUAAUCAUCUUUUUUACAACAGGCAGGUAGAUUAGUAAAAUUAACAGCUGGUGAGGAAUUUCAAUGUUAUGACUGGCAGUGUUGUACAAUAUGCAUUUCCACCUGCUGCAAUAAUCAUGAAUGUAUUCAACACAGACAUUUCGAUUUCUGUUGUGCUAUGUGUUGGUAUAAUUAAUUCACAGCUUCAUUGUAUUGAUAGUGACAUGAAAGAAAAAAAAAAGCCACCUCUUCCGCAGACAAAUCCAUAAUUUAUUUCUUGAUGAAGUUAUAACAAAUGUCUGCUAUUCUACUCUGGUCUCCAGCUGCCAUGUCUGUCACAUGCGACACUAACUGAGACAACCUAAAAAUUUCACUUUUGGAGUCCAAAAUCUUGAGGCCUGUAGCUCAUGACCUGUAGAUAAAACGUAAUGUAGUCCAGCUGCAGUCCAGUUUGAUGGAGGACGUGACGCAUCAUUAACGUUCACACUGAGGUGUUUUACUUGAUGAGACAUGCUUCCCUAACAGAUGAGUCAGAUAAAAUAUGCAAAUGUCCCUUCUCUAUAUCGACGUAUUUGGUCUUCCCCAGUCAGUAUGUGUCAUUCUGUCUGUCUGCCAGUGGGGGGCAUUGGCUUCUGAUAUUUUUACGCAAUUAAUUUUUCUUUCGUUCAUUUCAUAAAUGUAAAGAAACAUAUAUAUGUUUGGAUUUAUUUCUGGUUGGGGAAAUAAAUACAGUUUGAUAUUGUUGCAGUCUAAUGUGUUAUUAUUUUACUUUAUUAACAGGUGGGACUCCUUGUCCUCCUCUACUCCUUUCCCCUCUGUAAAAUCAUCAAAAACUAGUUUAAUCUUAAUUGGUAAGUCAGAAGACAGAUCAUGUCUUGCUCUUAAUAUUGGACUGAGAAAUCAUAUUAUAACAGAGUAAUAAUAAGUACUACAUUUAGACUGUAUAUCACUGUAAAUUUAUCUAGACUGGACCUUCAUUUACCUUUUCUUACGGAAAGAACUAAAGAUAAAUAUCCUUUUCUAUUACAGACAUUAUGUUUUAGGCAAAGAUUUGGCUAUUUAUGUGUCUUACAUAGUGUAAAAGGUUGGAGUUGGAGCAAUAAUUAAAAGCUCCAGAUUAACAUCUAUGUCUUUGACAUGUAACUUUUGUUCUAGAUUAUGAUUGUGCCACUAAUGUUUCUUACAUACAUCUGAAGUUUGUUUUUAAAGUCCUUUCAACUCACUGAGCUCUGAAAAGCUAUUAGACAUUGUCAUUUGUCAGUGCUUGUUCAAUAAAUCAUGUUCAAAAUGGCCAUGACAUUUAACAACAGUUUGAAAUUAAAUGUUUCUCCUAAAUUAAUUGCAUCUCCACCCCAAUGUGCUCAACUACUGCAUUGCUGCGAUUUUUUGAACAUUGCUGGAAAAUAUAUUACUUGGCUUCUCUUUGCUGCACUGUAAGGAAAACGGUUAGUGUGGCUGAAACUUAGACAAAUACAUGAUUGUUUCUUAAUUAUGUUGUAAUUGAACUGAUCAGUUUUGCUUCUGUUCUGCAGCAAACCAGGAGACCAGUCGGUGCCGCAGAAUCCAAAUGUCAGAUGAGGUCAUGUCUUUUUCUCGGUGCAGCGACUAUGCGGUUCUUUCUUUUAAUACGUUCUGACUCAGGGUUGUGUUUUUUGUGUAUUCAGUUGCUCAGUUUUAAAACCCUCCAAGUGUAUUAUAAUUUCACAGUAUGCCCCUCUGUCCCUGAGACCCUUAACCUGUGAGGUCAAAGCAGGUCACAGGUGAGGUCCUCGGGAACAGGGCUGCAUUCAGUUUCAACUUCCUAGAAACAAAGGCAUUUUAUGAAAAAAAUAUUACAUGAAGAACAUUUUUCUCCCCAGAAGGUUGUCUGUUUAACAUUUGAAGUUUCCUUCGGUAUUCUCACUGUUCUUUCAAACCACUUUAAACAAAAGAAAACCCUCAAAUGAUACAAUGUCACAUUUUCUUCUGCCUCUAAUGUAUCUUAGUCUCCAGCUGCAAGACUUGUCAGGUUGGACAAGAAGAAAAGGAAGCACAGACACUAUCAGGGGGCCAACCCUAUUGACUGGCUUUGUGUUAUAGCCCUUAGUGUGGGCCAAUAGGAAGACAGCCGAGGGUUGUGACCCCGUCAUUUAUGUCACCUUCAAAAAUCACUGGAAUUAUUGGUACAUCAUGUGCAUGUUUCUGUACUUUGUAUUGUAAUGGUAGCUCUGUUUUUACCUAUGUAUGCUAAUAAAAUAUGGUAAAAACAGUUUAUGUGUGUGAAUUUAUAAAAAAAAAUAUGUCUUUCUGUCUGCUACUGAAAAAAUACUCCACAGGUGUGAAUUUUGCAAUCUCUCAGUUUUCCUUUGUCCACUUACACACUAUUUGCUAGACAGAGCCAAUUGCCCCAAUUUUAUACAUGAAGUACCAGCUCUUGAAUACAAAGUGUAAUUGGCAACAUCUUGUGAAGAUUAUUCCCUUUUCCUUUUCUCAAGCAAAUAAGAGUGUGUUAUCUUCCACAUAAAUGAAAAGUGUCAUUCUAGAGAGAUUUUAUACUUUUAUAAUGAUCUGGGCGUGCAUGUAGAGAUUUCAUCGAAGUGCCUGAUAGCAACAAACGCUCUGUACGCUCAGACACAAUUAAAUGCAUUCUCACACGCACACACACACACACACACACACAUAUAUUUGGGAUUUUCCAUGUCCAGCUGCCUGACUAGCUAUCUGACUUUGGCAGUCCUGGAGCAGACUCUUGCCUAAUAUUGAUUGGCUUGUCUGUGUGGAGACAGAUGAAUGCAUUAGUACCCAGCUCACCCUGCCACUGAAAACAUAUUAAGUUCACGUAUUAGGCACCCUGUCUGGUUACCAUGGAGAUGCACUGGGAAUGAGGGACCGGGGGGGGGGUGAGGAGGAUGGGAGACGAGUGGGGGAUACAGGAUGUGAUGAGGCAGUCGACUUGAUUUGUAGUCCUGCUCCCUCUUCCUCUUUCUCCUCCACUAAUGUGUUCUCUCUCUUUCCUCUUGCACCUACCUUUCUCUUCUUUGUUUCUCCUCACUACAUUUUCUUUUUUUCUCCAACAUUGUUUCACCGCUACUUUUUGAAUUUUCUAAACUCCACCAGCAAGAAUAUGCACUUUUUUUUUCUCGUCGCUCACUGAUCUAUUGAUUUUGUUGACCCUUUUGUUCCCUUUUUUUGGCUUUUCAUUCUCCACCUCGCCAUCUCCACACCACCAGUUCGACUUUAACUCUUUGUAUUUUUCUCUUGGGUUUCCUUGUCAACAUGCUGUCCACUUCAUCCCUCUAUGUACAUAAGAAUUUAAGUCCCUCUUCAUCUGCCCCUCUCCCUCCCACCGCCGCCGCUGCCGCCUCCCUCUUUGGCUCGCUCCAUCUCUGUGCUCUGCAGUAAAACUGGUGCAUUGAGGCAGCAGGAAAUGGGGACUAGAGACAAUAGAAUGGAGGGAAGUAUAGAGGGGAGUCUGUGGUGCUCUCCUCUCCAACUCAAGCAUGUUGAGGAAACAUGAGCAGGGUACUUUUAAAAUCUUGCUAUUCAAUUUCAUGUGGGAUAGGCACAUAAAAUCCACAUUUAAGGCUUUGAUUUUUCAAGCUUCUGGAAUAUGAAACCUUGGACUUUUCAGGUUUGUAGUCCUGGAUUUGAAUAAAAACAUUUCAUACAGCAACCUUUGUUUGAGUUUGAUGCCCGUGCUGAAAAAUGUGCACAUCUGCAUUGUGGCUCGUGUGUGUUAGCUUGCUCUUCAACACCUCUCUAAGUUGCUAUCAGUGCUUUGUUGAUGUGCAAGACAGUCUUAGCCUGUGCUGGGGUCACAUUUUGACCAUGUACAAUGUUAGAAAUGUUGACGCCUGCUUCAGGAAGCUGGACCGCAUAUUCAACAACAACGAGGGAGUGAUUGAGGCGGGCAGAGUGGGUGAAGGCUAUGAGAAACAGCUAAAAGAAAUUCUGGAUAAAGAGAUCCUGCCCAUGGUGAAAGAGUUUAACCAAAAGCUGAAUAAAGACACAGUGUAUGAGGAAAGGUUGCAAACAGCAGCAGACAAUUUCAUCGCAGCUGCCUCCAAACUGCCUAGAGUCUCUGGAUGUAUUCCCCCAUGUGGUUUUCAGAGUGCAGGUGCAGUUUACAACUGUAUUACCUGCCAGUAUGACUCCUGUGAAUUCCCCCUCGACUGUCCAGUUCAGGAAAUUAAAGUAAUGGAGAACAGCAGGACCCGAGUGUGGUGCGAGGUGCCGUUUCAUUUACCAAACAAUAUCGAGGUGGUCUGGAGGUUUGCAGAAGAGGUGAAAACCCAGCAGGUGGAUCAGUUUGAAGAAGCGACCGCAGGGUUGGACAGACUCUAUUCCAUCCCUUCAACCAACUUGCAGCAUCAGGGCACCUACCAAUGUGAGAUCUACUCAGGCCAACGCUCCAUUGUUAGACUAUACUACUAUCUCACAGUGACCCCCCAGGUUGUGGCAGGCCACACAGAGCUGCAGGAGAUAUUUGACCUGUCUCUGCUCCCAGGAGGGCAGUUACUCCCUGCGCCUGGUGGUCCUCCCAGCUCCCUCCUCCCCUCGCCACUGCUUCUCACUGCCUGUUUAACUGCUUUACUCCUGCUGCUAUUCCUCUCCCUGGGGGCUCUGUAUUGGUCAUCAAUAUCACAUCAAACAAGUCAUGCAGAACCAGCAGAUGGAGAUGAAGAGAGUGGACAAAUGUAGUGCAAUAAAUGCAUUUCAUCAAU